AUUAAUUCAUCCAUCUGCUUAGGUUUCAAGAAACGACUAACGUAACCAAAGAGAGGAAUAACCUCUAACCGCCAUUGUUUCUGUCGUCUCUUCACUUUUUUCUUACAUGCAUGCAUGUCUCCUUGUCUCCCGUCGUAUAUAUAGUCAUUUUGUAAGUUAUACAAUUCAAUAUAUAUAGUUCAUUCGUCCAAAGUUGCAUUACCAGCACCUGCAGAACGGAGACAAAAAGUUGAGAAAAGGAAAAGAUUAACAAAGGAAAUUAAAGAUGGUGGGGAAAAUAGUGGUGUCGUUGGUAUCCUUGAUUCUAGUGGUGGGUGUGAUAUUGGGGGUGGUGAUCGUCCUGCACCAAGAUGGCGGUUCAAAAGAUGAUGACCAAAGCACCAAAGUCCAAAUGAAGGCAUCAGUUGAGGAGUUCUGUAAACCUGCGGAAUUCAAAGAAGCUUGUGCAAAGAGUCUUGAUUCAGUGGCUAAGAACAAUAGUGCUACCAUGAAAGACUACCUUUUGGCCUCCAUCCAAAUCACCGUGGAUGAGGUCAAGAAAUCUUUCGAGGUGGUGGAGAAGACUUCUGUCAACAAUGAAAGUGAUCCUUACAAUCACAUGGCUGUAGAGGAUUGCAAAGAGUUGUUGCAGUAUGCCAUCGAGGAACUCCAGGCCUCCUACUCUAUGGUUGGGGAUACCGAAUUGCAUUCCCUCAAUGAUCGUGUCAGCGAACUAUUGAACUGGCUAGGUGCGGUGUACUCCUAUCAAAGCAUGUGCGUUGAUGCUAUUGAGAAGCCUGAAUACAAAUCCGCUAUAGAAAAGGGCAUGGUGAAUGCAACCCAACUGACCCACAAUGCGAUCAACAUCGUAGCAAAAAUUUCAACCGUCCUCCAAUCAUUCAACGUCUCAAUUCCGGCAAACCUUAAGAGCGCAGCUGGUAGCACAUCUAAUCGUCGCCUCCUUGAAGUUAACGAGAUAGGUCAUGACUCUUACCCUACGUGGUUCCCAGUUGCCGACCGUAAGCUUUUAGCAAGACAUAGGUUUGUAACUCCUCAUGCAGUGGUUGCCAAGGAUGGGAGUGGCCAGUACAAUACCGUCGCCGCUGCCCUCGCAGCAUAUCCCGAAAACCAUAGAGGCAAAUACAUAGUCUAUGUCAAAGCUGGCAUCUAUGAAGAGCAUAUCAUCAUCUCUAAAAAGCAACCAAACGUCUUUAUCUUUGGCAAUGGAGCAGGGAAAACCAUCAUUACUGGAAAUAGAAACUUUGGUCUGAUGAAAAUACCCACCCAAGACACUGCUACUUUCUCUGUUCUUGGUAAUGGGUUUGUUGCUAGGGGAAUUACCUUCCGAAACACUGCUGGUCCAGAAGGGCACCAAGCUGUGGCUCUUCGAAUUAACGGUGAUAUGGCUGCUGUUUUUGACUGCAGCAUUGAAGGUUAUCAAGACACUUUGUACUAUCAAAACCAUCGCCAAUUUUAUCGGAACUGUGUCAUCUCUGGUACCAUAGACUUCAUCUUUGGCUGGGGCUCAGCGGUAAUCCAAAACAGUUUGAUCAUAGCUAGGAAACCUUUGGCAGGCCAGUUCAAUACUAUUACCGCUGAUGGCAAAGAAAUAGCGCUUAAACCAGGUGGAGUGGUAUUCCAGAAUUGUAGAGUCGUCCCAGAAGUAGAAUUGUUUCCAGUUAGGUUCCAACUUCCAACUUACUUGGGUCGUCCCUGGAAGGCCUACUCAACCACAGUAUUCAUGGAGAGUGAAUUGGGUGAUUUCAUCCGCCCAGAAGGUUGGAUGACAUGGCAAGGCGAAGCGUUCGAGCAGACAUGUUAUUACUAUGAGUUCGCCAACCGCGGACCUGGUGCUCUCAUCAAUAACAGGAACAGAAGUUUCAAGAACUUCCGUCUUAUUAGCCCAGAAGAAGCAGCUCAAUACACAGCUGGCCCCUGGAUUAACGGAGAUCUGUGGUUGAGGCAUACUGGUGCACCUUUUUACCUUGGCCUCGGAGGAAGAUAAAACAUGUACCAUAAGUUACUCCUAUAUAUCAUAGGUUGUCCAUCUUUAUGUGCUAAAUCCUACCAUAAGUUGCCAUUUGCUUACAUGUUAUGUGACGGGGAACAUGAUUCGUUUAGAUGGAGAAUAUUAAGGUUUCGUUUUGAAUAUAUAUAAUGCAUGAAAAAUCCAUUAAUGGGAAGUAAUUAUUGUUUCGCUAUA